AUGCCCCCAACAGCGCGUGGACUUCUGCUGCACCUUCACUGUUUACUUCACACACAAAGGGUGCAGCUGGCAAAAGGCGGAGUGAUCUGGAACUCUUACGUGACAGGCAGAUUCCACGCCAGUCUAGCAGCACAUCUACACGCCUGAAGAUGAAGAUGAUCUCAUGCUUGCGCCCAUUUACCUCCCUGUCUCGUUUAAAAACAAUGUCUUCAAGGAAAUUCGCUGCAUGAUUCAACAGUCACGCCGUGUCUCCCGGUUACUUUAUCACUUUUCGACCAUUUCAUGAAUUAUACUGCAAUCCACAAUGAAAUUUCCAACGGAAAACCCAAGGAAACCAGGGAACUGGAACCCUCCAGCAGUGCCAGUGCAGACCAACCUGGUGCCGCCCAAGAAGGUCCAGCCAGGGAUGUUGCAGUCCAGCUUGGUGCAGGCCAGCGUGGCCACCAUGCAGAACCCCAUGGGCUGCACUUUACCUCGCCUUUCUGUCUCCCGGCCCACUAGUAUGGUGGCCAGCUUGGAAGCGGUGGCAGACGGCUCAGCCCUCCUCACAGUCAUGAAGUGGAAGACUGUCCUAGCCGUGUUUGUGGUGGUGGUAGCAUACCUGGUUGCCGGCGGUCUGGUGUUCAAAGCCCUGGAGCAACCCUUCGAGAGCAACCAAAAAGACACCAUCACUUCGAAGAAAGCCGCCUUCCUGGAGAAACAUCAGUGCGUGACCCCCAAUGAGCUGGAAGAGCUCAUCAAGCACUCUGUAGAUGCAGUGAACGCUGGUGUCAGUCCUAUUGGAGACACGUCAUACAACUCCAGUCACUGGGACUUAGGGAGCUCCUUUUUCUUCGCUGGAACUGUGAUAACAACAAUAGGUUAUGGCAACAUCGUUCCAAGAACAGAGGGUGGGAAGAUUUUCUGCAUCCUUUAUGCAAUAUUUGGCAUCCCACUCUUUGGCUUUCUUUUGGCUGGUGUUGGUGAUCAACUAGGGACUAUUUUUGUGAAGAGCAUUGCUAAAGUGGAGAAAAUGUUCAGGCGCAAACACAAUCAAAUAAGCCAGACCAAGAUUCGAGUGGCCUCUACAUUGCUCUUCAUCUUGGCUGGCUGCAUCCUCUUCGUCACCAUACCAGCCAUCAUCUUCAAGCAUAUUGAAGGUUGGACCGGGCUGGAGGCGAUCUAUUUCGUGGUGAUCACACUGACGACUGUUGGGAUCGGAGAUUAUGUUGCAGGAGGCAAUAGAAGAAUAGAGUACCGUGAAUGGUACAAACCGCUGGUGUGGUUCUGGAUACUGGUUGGAAUGGCUUACUUUGCUGCAGUUCUAAGCAUGAUUGGAGACUGGCUCAGGGUGCUUUCUAAAAAGACAAAAAUGGAGGUGGGUGAGAUUAAGGCUCACGCCGCUGAAUGGAAGGCCAAUGUUCGAGCAGAAUUUCGUGAGACCAGGCGUCGACUCAGCGUGGAAGUUCACGACAAACUGCAGAGGGCGGCCACUAUUCGCAGUAUGGAGCGCAGGCAGCUGGGUUUCGACCAGCGGGCCCAUUCCCUAGACAUGCUGUCCCCUGAACGUCGAGCUGCCUUCAAUAGCCUGGACAUCACUAAUUACAAGACAUCCUCCCAGGAGAGCAUCGACACAAAGCUCAACAACUUACGUCUACGACUUGAGCAGAAUGAGCAUCGACGGAGCGACCCAAGCCAGGCGUACUCUGAAGAUAACAUUUUCAACCGCCUUGGUUCAGUCACAAAACUAGCCAAGCGGAACAAGAACAAAGAGUUGAGAAAGAACAUCCCAGACGACGGCCGGAAAGCCUUAGAUUCCUUCACCUGUAAUACUCCCACAAUGGAUGAGGAGAAGAAAGAGGCAGAGGACGAGGACGAGGAGCUUGAGAAAGAGGUCAACACCAGUCUGACCAACUUCCCUCUCUUUGUGGAGAGCCCCAAUAAACAAAACGGAUUCAUGCCUCUAUCACCACAGACCAAAGAGGAAGAAAACGAGAUAAAACUUGAAGACAAGGAGUUCCAUUUGCAGAUGGAGCCCUAGAGGGAACCGUGUAGAAAAAUAAUGUAUGCCUAAAGUGCCUUGUUUAGCCCUUUCCCUGAGCUGAGAUGUGAGAAUCUCAAUUUCUGCUGUUCAUUUAUCUGUUCACUGUGUCCUGAUAACUUGAUAAUGGAAAUAUGGUGACAGUAGCAGCACUGGAAAACAGCUCGUUCUCUUCUUCAGACCACUGAAAAAUGCUUGUAUAAGUUGGAAAUAAUCUCUCCAAACAUCCUUGACAACAAACGAAAAAUCCGUAGCAAGCUACAUUGGCGGUUUGUUUGAAGUGUGACUGAAAGUGCUGCACUUUCAAUGUACUUUCUGCCAGACUGUACUUCAAGGUCAUUUGUCAAGAAGCAUAACUGCUCAAAAACAAUGUUUGUCAAGAUUUUCCACCCAUUCAAAAUGGAGAAACUUACCAAGAGACAUGAAUCCCCCAUGAUCAAAGUUGAUAAAACUCUUUGAAUAUGAAGAAACCAUGUUAAAUUGGUGAUAGGUUGUAUAUGCACGGAGCUCUUCUGUCCUGUAAAAGAAGUUAAGUGCAUCAAUAUGUGAUCCAGAUUUAUGAAGUUAACCUAUAAAUCUCAGGGCUUGUAGUCCUACUGUAAUUGUUCAAUUGUACGGUAUGUCUGACAUAAAAUUUGCUGUGCUCUCAUGAAAUAUCUAAAGCUGUCGCUAAACAGUACUGUUUUCAAAGUUUGAAAUUUUAUGACAAUGGGACGGAAGAGAAGCCAUAAAUGGUAGACGUCAUGUAAGGCAGAAUGUCUAGUAGAGUUUAAUCACAAACUACUGAACGUAUCUGUUUAUUUCCUUUAAAGGUAUAAUUCACCCAACAAUUUUG